AUGGCGGAAUUCCUGAGUUUGGGGAUUCUCAUUGAUAUAGUCGAUGAAGAUUGGAUGAGAGACACCCUUCCCGAAGAUGAUCUUCCAUUACCACCGGUACUCGAAACCCGGACUGAGGACAAUGAGGAACCCAGUAUGCUUCUUUCUCUUUUGAGUACUUUUCUUCAAAAGCUUGCAUUCUGAGUUGUAUGCUCUUAUCUUUAUGAUUUUGAUGUGAAUUUGGAUUUUGAUUUUCUGAUCCCUGACUUAAAGUUAGUCUUAGUACAUGAAGUUUUCUUUUUCUUGAGACUCAUUGCAAUGCUAGACAUGAAUUUUUUUUAUUAUUUUUUUUAUUUUUUGGUUGUGAAUAAACAUUUCUGUUUGGUUUAAUGUUGGACGAAUCUUGGCUGGCUAAAACAUUCUUUGCCAGAAGUAAACUUGUACAGGACAAAAGGUGGAGAACAAUAUAUUAUGCUAUGAAAAUUCUCUUUUCCUUUCUAAAAAGUAGUGUUAAAAAAAGUCGACUGUUUGCGCUAAGUUAGAAUGAAUAUAUGAGCUGUAGUUUGGAUUAGAAUUAGUGAACCAUUUGUUUCUUUUUCUCAUAAUAACGGUUAGAUAUUUUCUUUCUUUUUUUCUUUUUUCCGCAAUUUUGACCGGGAAAAGAUACUUACCGUGUUUAGCUUAGAGUUAUUGUUGAUGUAAAGUACUUAAUAGUCACUGCCUCAAAGUGCUAAUGUUCCGGUUGGAUAUUAACUAGGUUGAAGCUCCAAUGGGUGGAAUGCCACUAAGCUUUUGCUGUACUGUUUGAGAAAAUGGCUGCUUUAAGCCUCAUUGAAAUUCUUAGACUUGCAGUGUUAUGAGAAUUGAAUGGUCUGAUAAAUGCUAGGUAAAUGAAUCCACUGGCCAGAAUCUGAAAUGGUAUUGAGAGUUAGGUUGAUUUAUGUGUCAGUUCUGAAAGCAAUGGCCAUCCUCCACCUCCAUUUUCAGUGUUGUCUAAGCAAUAAUAUGAGUUUUGCCAUUAAGUGCUGUGUUCUCUCUUGUUCUUAUUCUCGGUAGUUUGAACCAUCUUAAAAAUAACCAUACUUUUAGAGGACUUUUGUGUAUAUGUGCGUCCAAAUAUGAUCAUUAGACAAGUGCAGCUGCAUCUUUUGUGGUUAAGCCACCUAUAAGCUUCUAUACUGAUGAAGAGUAUGCAUUAUUGCAAUGUUAUAUGAAAUUCUUGUUACUAAACUCAAACUUGGUUCUUAUUAUCAUCAGAUCAAGAGAACCAGCCAGUUGUUGAUGACGUAUGGCACGACCUUGCAUUGGGAAAUUAGCAAAGCUUCAGAAUGAAGUCCAGG